UGGGUGCAGUGAAACCAGCCGUCCUGCCAUGCAGGUGAGUUAUGUUAUCAAAUCCAGGAAAACUACUGAUACUGACGCAAGUCGGGGUAGGGCAGGCCUUGCAUGCACCAUCAUUGAUGCACCACCCGGGACAUUUGUCCGCGUUAGCGGGCACAGCAGAGAUUGAUGAUGCUAGAGCAGCGACGACGGCGAGUACAAUUGCAGAGGAGAAACGCAUUUUCUGUGACUCGUGUAAUAUGGGGUUAGAUGAUUCUGAAGAAGAUAGUAGGGAUACGGCUGGGUCGGGCUGGCUUUAAGUUAUCUAUAAAUUCUAUAAAUCUAUAAAGUAAGGGAGAAGGGCGUGGGAGGGUGUGGCGUGCUCGCGUG